GUUAGCAUUGGUUUCAUUGAUUGCUUUUUCAUUCAUUCAUAAUAUUUGAGCUCCGGUUGAGAGUGAGUUGUGUUGAGUCUUACAACCGAUAUAUAGUGUAAUGAAAACAUGACUACUAUUUGUGAAUGAAUACAAUGAAUACAUUGAAUACAUUCAAUACAUACGCAUAUGUGGUGUGAAUUGUGAAUCAAUUGUCACUCUAAUGAUAGCACUGGGAGAUAGCGGUCGGCCUUAUAGUGAACACAUCCCAACUCACCACCAAUUGUCUCACAUCGAGUCCAUUCACACCAUUCAUUAUCAUCUGAUUUAAUGCCGGCUUCAAAGCAAUCCAAGUCUUUAAAGCCUUCCAAGUGUUUAAAGCGAUCGAGAAAUCAAUCUUUUACCACAAGAAUUGACAAAAUGAUUGGUUCGACAAACGAUACGAUUGUGUCCAUCACUUCCGGCUUAAUACCCAUCACUUGUGAACAUCUCAGACAACUUCUAGACCUCGUUCUCACCAGUGAUGCCAACGGAUCCAAUGUUCUCAUUCUUGACUGCAGACCAUUCCUCAUACAUAACGACUCACAUAUUGUCAAAUCAAUUAGCAUUCACUGCCCGGCGAUCAUUAGACGAAGAACUGGAAACCGAUUGCCGCUUAAAACCAUAAUACCUGACCAACACAUCAGAGACAGACUUCUCACUGAUUCCUAUUACCCGAUCGUCUUAUACGAAGAAACAGAUUUGGCCUCCGAUUCCAUCGGCUCUUAUGUCGCCACUUGUCUCCAACAAGAGGUUGGCCUCAAAUGUCUGCACUUCUUGCAAGGCGGUUUCGCAAACUUCCGGCAAAUGUAUCCAUAUUUUUGUACGAAAGGGUCGUCAGUGCCGAACCCAUUGAGCACUUCGAGUUCGAGUAACAUUUCUAGUCGGAGUCCAAUUGGCGCACACAGCCAUACGUGGCCACUCAAGUCGACACCCAAAGGCUUUCUCACUCCACGCACACCAAAGAACAACAAUCUGAACGUGGAUUGUGGGGCACCGCUGUCUUUUGGCAAUGACCAAGCUGAACCCGUCGAAAUACUCUCAUACCUAUACCUCGGCAGCGAAUAUCACGCCUCCUGUAAACCGAUGCUUAAAAAUCUUGGCAUUACUGCUCUUCUCAAUGUGUCGCACACCUGUCCCAACCAUUUCGAAGACUGUUUUGUAUAUAAAUCCAUUCCCAUUGAAGACUCCAAAAGCGAAGACAUUAGCAUUUGGUUCAGUGAAGCCAUCGAUUUCAUAGAUUCAGUCCGGAAUGGGAACGGAAAGGUACUGAUCCACUGUCACGCCGGUAUCAGCAGAUCUGCGACCAUAUGUAUGGCAUAUUUGAUGGCAACCAAAAGGAUUCGUAUGGAAGAGGCGUAUGAAUACGUCAAAUCAAAGCGCAAAAUAAUUUCCCCAAAUUUCAAUUUCAUGGGACAAUUGCUUGGGUUUGAAACACAAGUCUUCUCUCCUGAUAAUACUUCGCGAGACGGACAACAGCUAUUUGUUCAGCCCAUGUCUCCAUUAUUAUCACGUUUGUCGUCCUCUUCUGGAAUCACAUCCAAUGAAGAGAUGACUUCAGGAGACAAAUAUAGAGUGAGUUCAGCGCCUCCUUCGCCAUCGAGAACGAGAAGCGAAUGCGAAAGACUUGUGUUUGAUUUCACUCAAGUGCCAAUCAAUACAAUCAAUACUUCGAUUAGUAUUUCAAAUACAUCAUUAAAGUCUAGUCAACUGCUGGACAGUCCCAUCCGUACGUGAAAUCUUGCAAACUGUCGUUCAAAACACUAAACUUUCUUCUAAUGUUUAACAUUUUAUAAAUUGGUUAAGUAGUCAAAUAAUUUCAUUAUUUAAACAUGUUUAUAUUAUUUGCAAUUAUCAUUUGUGAUGAGAACUUAGGACUCAUUCAUUUAACGCAUCUAUGAUUCAACUUUCAUUCUGUCUCUCUUUGUCCUCCAUUUCUCAUAACUCACUGUUUUUUAAAACUCAUUGUAUUUGGGAUUAUAUUUCGAUAACUUGUAGCCA